GGCAAGAACAAUUGCGAAGGAACGAGAAAGAAGAGACUGGCGUGGUGCACGGAGGAACCAGCGUGUUCGCUUGGCUCCCGUUCGUCUUCUCUCUUUCACCUCGGUGUCUGGACGGACAUGUACGCGCACGCACGCGCGCGCGCUCACGGGUGGGGAUCGCGCUCGCGCGGCCGCUCCGCGUUACGAUGCGCGCCACGCGAGCACGCGACGCACGGCGCGCGAUCAGAUAUUCCUUGGCUCGGCGCGCGAGCGUGUAUCGGGAUCGCGCGUGCGUCCUCAGUGCGACCACGACCGCGUCGCCGCGGGGAUGAAAAUUAUCCGGGGCCAGCCGUCGCGCACGCACCUGUGAGGCCGUCCGGCGCGAUCGCAAACCCAGCUUCGUGAGGCGACUCGCGGUCCGCGCGAGGAUCACCGAGACGCACUUGCAGGCUCGCAGCGGCGAUGAGGCGCGCAAUGAGGAUCGCGGCUGCGCUGGCGAGGAGCCGCGCGAGCAGCCGUGGCACGUCGACGGCGGCGACGGCGGCGGCGACGACGCCGACGACGGAGCAGCUGCAGCACGACCCGCGCCCGUACGAGGAGAUCCCGGGGCCGAAGCCGCUACCGAUCCUGGGCAACACCUGGCGCCUGUUCCCCGUGAUCGGCCAGUACACCAUCUCGGACGUGGCGCGCAUCUCGCAGCUCUUCCACCGACACUACGGCCGGAUCACGCGGCUCACGGGCCUCAUCGGCCGGCCCGACUUGCUGUUCGUCUUCGACGCCGACGAGAUCGAGCGCGUGUACCGCCAGGAGGGCCCCACGCCCUUCCGCCCGUCCAUGCCCUGCCUGGUCAAGUACAAGGCCGAGGUGCGCAGGGCCUUCUUCGGCGAGCUGCCCGGCGUCGUGGGCGUGCACGGCGAGCAGUGGCGCGAGUUCCGCACGCGGGUGCAGAAGCCGGUGCUCCAGCCGCAGACCGUGAGGAAGUACAUCGGGCCCAUCGAGGCCGUCACCGACGACUUCAUACGCAGGAUCGAGCAGAUCAAGGACGACAGCGGCGAGGUGCCGGGCGACUUCGACAACGAGAUCCACAAGUGGGCUCUGGAAUGCAUCGGCCGCGUGGCCCUGGACGCGAGGCUGGGCUGCCUGGGCGGCGAGCUGGCGCCGGACUCGCAGCCGCAGAAGAUCAUCGACGCGGCCAAGUACGCGCUGCGCAACGUGGCCGUGCUGGAGCUCAAGGCGCCCUUCUGGAGGUACAUCCCCACGCCGUUGUGGACCCACUACGUGCGCAACAUGGACUUCUUCGUGCAGGUCUGCAUGAAGCACAUCGACGCCGCGAUGGACCGGCUGAGGGAGAAACGCCGCAGCGGAGUCGAGGUGCCCGAGUCCGAGCUGUCGCUCGUCGAGCGCAUCCUGGCCAAGGAGACCGACCCGAAGAUGGCCUACAUCCUCGCUCUGGAUCUCAUACUCGUCGGCAUCGACACGAUAUCGAUGGCCGUGUGCUCGAUACUGUACCAGCUGGCCACGAGGCCCGAGGAGCAGGACAAGAUUCACCGCGAGCUGAUGCGCGUCGCCCCGGACUUGGAUCGGCCCCUCACCACCGGCCACUUGGAUCGGGCCCACUACACCAAGGCCUUCAUCAAGGAGGUGUUCAGGAUGUACUCGACGGUGAUCGGCAACGGUAGGACGCUGCAGCACGACAUGGUCCUGUGUGGCUACCACGUGCCCAAAGGGGUGCAGGUCGUCUUCCCCACCCUGGUGACCGGCUGCAUGGAGGAGUUCGUGGAGGACGCCAAGACCUUCAAGCCGUCGCGCUGGCUCAAGGAGUCCACCGGCCAGAAGCUGCACCCGUUCGCCUCGCUGCCCUACGGCUACGGGGCGCGCAUGUGCCUCGGGCGUCGAUUCGCCGACCUCGAGAUGCAGGUGCUCCUCGCUAAGCUGCUCCGCCGCUACAAGAUCGAGUACAAGCACGAGCCGCUCAAGUACAAGGUGACCUUCAUGUACGCGCCCGACGGACAGCUCAGGUUCAACAUGCUCGACAGGACCCGCAGCGCGGCCACUCCUUGCUCGACCGAAUAGGGGAGAGAAGCCAGCCCAGCCCAUUGCACAGUGCAGCCAACGUGGAAUCUUACGCUUUUAAUGGAUUUUAUUGUCCUCUCGCUCGAGCGCGUUUGCCGAACGCGUUGCUGUGUACAUAUCGACUUCUGUCUCU